AUGAUUAAAAUCAAAUCAAAAUUGAAGAAAUUAUUUAAGAGAGUGAAGAUAAAAAGUAAUAGAAUAUUAAAUAGUCUGAAAGAUUAUUCAAUGAAGGUAUGCCUAAUUGAAUUAUAUAUUAGGAGUGGCAUUAUCUAUUCAUUUCUAUUCAUUAUUUGAAUAAAUAUUAAGAAGCCAUUGAAUGUUAUGAUAAAGCAAUUUCCAUUAAUCCUAAAAAUGAUCUUGUUGGAGUAAUAAGGGUAAAUUAUAUUAUCAUUCAGGUUAUGCACUACACAAAUUAUAGAAAUAUAAUGAUGCAAUAUCAUGUUACGAUUAAGCUCUUUCUAUUAGAAUUUCACCUCUAAGAUUAUAACGAAAAGGUAUCUAAAACUUUAAUUUAUUUUUAGCAGAUUCACUAUUUGAAUUAGGGAAGAAAACAGAAGCUAAACAAUGUUAUUUGGCUGCAUUGGAAAAAGGAUCUAAUGAUAAGAAUUACAUUUAGAAAUAACUAUCAAAGUUAUGAAGCAUUAUCAUAUUAUACAUAUCAUUUUAUAAGUCUUUUAUGUUUCACUUGA